AAUAACAAUAAGAGGGUAGACUUUGUCUAAGGUACAAUAAAGAGGGUAGACUUUGUCUAAGGUAAAAUGACGUGGCGUUUCAGCUAGAUUGGAAAAAGACGAAAGGAACCGUACCAAUCGUACACCUCAGCAUUAGUGGGGCCAGCCGAAGGGAAUCAGUUAAGUUAGGCGCGAAAAGCAGCUAUUGUUCGUUACUAAUGAAAACUGAACGCCGCGAGACUGUCGCAGCGCCUUCCAUCUUUCCCAUUCUUCCCCCUUUCCCAAACCCUAAUUUCUGGUUUCGCCCUUUUUCAUUUCUCCCGUUUCUUUUUGUUCUUCUUCUUCUUUCUUGUUUCUUCCUUCUAAUGAAAGACAACACAUCUUCGGAAUCGGUUUCUGCAUUUUUAUGCCUGCCGGGAUCUGAUUUUCAGACUAGAUUUCCAUGGGUUUCGAGGAUUUUGUCUUGUGUUGAGAUAGACUGGAGCCGCUUAUCGCCGGUGUUGCUUCCGGCGAGAUUUAGUGGUAGUGGUUAGGUUUCGGAGUUAAUUGGAACGCAAAGGGCUGUUUCAUGCGUUUUCUGAUCCAAGAGCAAAGGCUGCAUUUAUGGUUCUUGGAAAAAGUCCUGUUGCUCCUGAUAGAAGCCAAAGCAACUCAAGUUUAAAAACGAAUUCAGGUUCUAUUGGGUGGAAGUGAGAGGAAAGCUUGAAGUAGGGAAACUAGGAAGUAUUGAAGAAGGCAAGAGAAGUAGAAUAUAUAUGGCAGCGACGGGUAGACGUGAAAGAAGUUCACAUUUAACAGAACACCCGGUUAUAAUAGAGUUAGGUAGUAGUAAACAUUCUGAAGGUACUGGAGGGGAAGGCGUUUCAUUUUCCCCAACCGAACAGCUGGGAUAUGGGUCUUCAUCGUCUAUAAAUUUGUUGGAAAUAUCAGAUCUCGCUCAAGUUGGUUCAAAUGUUGACCGACCUGAAGCAGAUACGAUUUGCUUCGGAAAUCCCGGUCGUGGUAUGUACCAGCUUCAAUUUAAAGAUGAUGAUAGCGAUGUUUCCAGCGUUUGUUCUUCCAAGUCAGAGAAGAGUAGCGGUUCUCAAGGUCCCACAUCUGCAUCCCAAGUGUCAGAUUUUACCCUUGAGUCUGGUGGAAAUUUUAUGUCCCCAACUCAAUCCCCUCCUCUUCAGAUGAUGGAUCGUGUGGGAGGAUAUGAAUCAUAUGACCCGUUUAGAAUUCCAUCUGCAGUUUUCCAAAGAAGUAGAUCAAUCACUCCAUUGGAAUGGAGUAUUGCUUCAAAUGAAUCCUUGUUUAGCAUUCAUGUUGGAAACAAUAGUUUCUCCAGAGAUCAUGCGUUGAUGUCAAGUGAGUUGAGUAAGUCUGACGAGUUAACGAAAUCAGGGGAGUUGAUGAAAUCAGACGAUUUGUUUGUGUUUAGCCCACCACCUGCAGUUAUCACGUCAAGAGAAACUGAAGUGAAGAGUGCUGAAUGUGAAGAGGAGCCUAAAAUGGCAGAUACCAUAGAAUAUAACAUAGAGGAUAAGGAAGGUUUGAUUGCAGAAGAUCUAAGCGACAGAAACCUACCGCCUCCUGCAGUAUCAUGGAAUUCCUCUAGUAAAUCUCGCCACUCUGAUAGAAGUCAAAGCAGCUCAGAUUCAUUCGCUUUCCCCAUAAAGAAGAAGUGUGCAUGCCCAUCGUGUUACUCUUCUAACUGUAGUCAGGCGUUCUGCUACUGUUUGCGGCCACGUUGCUACCCUACAUGGUCGAGUUGCUGUUGCUGGAACUGUAGCAGGACGUUCUGCUAUUGUUGGAACCGUAGCCGAAAAGGAUUUUGUUGUCACACCUCUAACAUUUUGGCCGAUAAGGAGGCGCAGGGUGGAACUGUGCCUGUGCAUGCUAAAUUUCAAGGCACUCCAGUCUCUUCAAAAUCAACAGCGAAGUGUUGGUUUCCCUGCUGUUCAUGUUCUUGUUUCAAAUUUAGUUGCUGUUCAUGUUCUUGUUUCAAAUGGUGUUGUUGUUUAUGUUCUUGUUACAAGUCGAGUAUCUGUUCAUGUUCUUGUUGCAAAUGGAGUUGCGGUUCAUGUUCUUGUUCUUCUUGUUGCAAACAGAAUUUAUGUUCAUCUUCAUCUUGUUGGACAUGGAGCUGCUGCAGUAGUUGUCAUUUUCGUCAUUGUUGCCAUUUUCAUCCUCAUUGUCACAUUUAUCCUUGUCAUUUUUGUCGUUAAACAGACAAUGUCGCCUGAUCUUCUAUAUUAGUCUCUUCAGGCGUUUAGAAACAGGAUGAGUCAUAAAAUGUAACAUACUGAAUUUUCAUUCAGGAGUUAUUUAACCACAAAUUAGUAGUCAUUGACAGUACAUCAUAGACAGAUCUCCUUUAGAACAGAAUCUGUUCUCUUGUACUUAACAAGAUUAGUAUAUUUGAUUGAUUUCGUAUUGUGGUGUGUCAAGAACUCUACUACUAUAGGAUUCACUUCCUUGAUGUUCACCUUUUAGUGUGAUCUUUAUGACAAUGACGAAAUUGGUUGGCGUGAACAUUUAAGGGAACCUUUGUUAAAUUAGAUUAGCAAAAUGAGCAGCUUUUAGUGCAAAACAGCAUCAAUACAAUAUUCAAUAUGGGGAAAAGCAUUGCUCUUAUGAAUGAACUUUGAAAAAACCAUAUGAUUUAGAAAUCAAAAAGCAGAAAAAAGAAUUGAAAACUAUAUUGACAAGAAAUUCAUCAUUCGUAGUUAACGAGAUGAAGAUCAAUGUGCGUCAAAGGAAGUUCAAGAACAAUUGUUCUGAAAAUUGUCCAUUGCUGCUUUCCUUUUUAUCCAACUUGAUAUUAAAAUGAGGAAGAAAUAUGAAUACUUUGAUCCAUAAAAUCUCCAGCUGAGAGCCAUUCAAAAAUCUCUUUCAAGACAUGACUCACUCUACAAGGUAAGAAAAAUAAUCAAGUAUAAUAACAAAGUAUCUCUUUUCACUUAAAACACUAAGUUCUCUAUGUUUCCUAUUUGAAGGCUCCCCAAAUGUUUGAUGGGGGUUGGCAAGGAUUGUAACCACACAUCACAAAAAAGGACCAGAAUUUGGAUUGACAACAAUGUGUCUUAAGGGAUGAGCCACGUUUUUUCCACCAGCAUGC